CGAGUCGAACGGACGUGUCGUGUGCGCGCUCCGCCCGAAGGCUGUUCCGCGUGAAAUAUAUUUCCACCCACCUAUAAGCGAACGAUCAUCGUACUCGCGCGCAUCAAAGCGAAUAGUAGUGUGAAAGUUUUUUGUUUCGUUUUUUGGCUUCAACUAAAGAAAGCAUUUAACAGUUUCUGUGAAUGGUGGGAAGAUGCUGAUCACAAAGGCGAUUUAAAGCAGAUUUAUUUUACGGGUGUGUGUUGGAAGUGUGUGCAAGUUUGUUCAUCGUAUGUUGUGUGUCUUAUUGGAAAAGAACCAAAGAUUUUAGGCUUUCCUAGGGCAAAGUCCAGCAACAUUUCUUUCAACCCGUCGAUCGUCUUCAACGUGAAUGGGCGUACUCCACACGCAAGUGAAUGUGUGCCGUCGAUCGUGUUUUUCUCUCCGUGCCAGAUAUGCGCGCUCAGCUUCCACUCGGAAAGAUCUCUCCCCACGGUGAAACGUUGGCCAUUAACGAUAGAAAAUAGCAGCGUGACAGGAAAAUAUGUGAAGCAGUCGUGUGCUGUGUGAUACAAGGCAAAAAGGGCAAGCAUAUCACGCGUUUGCAUUAAAAGUGUGCCAGCUCAAUCUACCCAAUCCCACCGAAAGAUUGUGUUUGUAUUUGUGUAUGCGUGUUUUUUGGUCUAAGAAAUAUAGUGAAACUUCUUCCGUGCCUUACAAUUCACGAAAACCGACCCGUGUGUCUGUGUGUGUGUGUGUUAGAUACGAUCGUAAAAAGGAAGUGAAUCAAAGUACAAAACGAAGUUAUGCUGUGGGUGCUGUGAAAUCUUCCCCUUGCGGUAAAGAAGUGCGUAACGAAAACCCACCGAAACCGAUACAUUAUAAUCAGCUGGGGGUUGGCUGUGUGAAUUCCCGUUUCCAAAAGCUGUGCCAAUUGAACUUUCCAUAUUCCCACCACACGUGAAACGAUGACCAUCGGAAGCGUGAAACACUCGAACGUGCCUCAACCGGCCGCGGCUUCCUCUGGCCGUGUGACGUCCGCCUACGACUACAACGGUACCGGUUCUGGUGGUGUCGGCGGUGGCAUUAGUGGCAGUGGCAGCCUUACACACGGUGUGGGUGGCAACGGUAGAUCGAGCGGUAUCGGUGGCGGGCGCAUCAGUCCUCACUCGGCCUCCAACUCCUCAUCCGCCUUCGUUAAGAUGCGUUCCUCGGCCAAACGGUGCCUUUUCGAUAUCAGGCCCGAUCCGAUCGACACCAAGCGGAUAUGCGACGAAAAUGACAAAGCCGAACGGCAACGCGCGAUCAAGCGGUUCGAAUUCGACACGCACACUUGCCGUAGUGUGGCCUCCUCUGGUAGCUCCUCAUCAUCCGGUGGACUGCAUCAUCGUCAUCAUCACCAGUGAAAAUUCCAGCUUUGGUGGCUCCGAGAGUCGGCUGGUUCUUUUCUGUAGACUGUUGCAGACAAAAUAUAUAUAAAACAAAAAAUUACGCACACCGUAAGCGAGCCCGUCCGUCACCAUCAUCACACCAAUGUUCCGUGAAACGCUCGUUCCAGUGUAAAAGACGUACGCGCCACCAAAAGAGUGCAAUACCGCCAAACAUCGUGGGCUGUGUAUAAGAAAAAAUAAUGAAAAACUAGACAAACAAGCAAAUGAUUCAAAACUAUAAUUAAACAAAACCCGUUUGUGUUAAAAAGCAGAGUACGUAAAUUAAUCUCCUUCCCUUCGUACAAUAUGCAGAGUUUUGACGGAAUGUAGAAAAAGCCACAAACCAAUCCACAGAUUUACGUAAUGUGUGUCCAUCUUGUCCAGUAUAAAAUAGUGCACAAUAAACAUCGCAACAGCUCGAGACAAUAAUCCACACCCAGCAGAGACAUAUUAAGUGCGCGAAUGACACGCGACCUACUCGCGCCAGUUGGUGUCUUUGUUGGCUUUCCCGUUUGCUUCGUUUUGAAGCCGUAAUUGAUACCGCUCCUGUUACAAUGAUGCUUCAAGGUUCGCGGUAGAAGCACAAGAAUGGUACCGUCCAAAUGGUACAAGGUUAGUUACAACAAUGCAUUGCAACCGGACCGGACCAGAACAUCGUUUGAGAAUGGAUUUCAACACCUCUGGAGGAUAUGGAAAAGACCGCAACGACCGGCAAUCGAACUGUGUGCGGUAUCACUGCAAUCGUAAUGUUUUCUUACCCAUGUUUGCAUGUGAACCAUGGUAGCUAGAAUGAACAAAUGAUGCUAACGUGAAAUAGAGCGAUUGAUUUUUGAUCCGUCGUGCAAUGCGAAUGCAAAUGUUUUAACAUCAAAAACUAUGGACAGCAAACAGCAAGCUAAAACAAAACAUAAAACAACAUACACAAAAUCGGGAAUGUGGCAGUACUGUUUCCUUAAGACAAAUCAAAUGCGCAAGAAAAGAAAACAAGUAAACACAGCAACAGAGCGAUCUCAUGUGAUAUUUUGUAAGCGAGUGUGUAUUUCUUUUCGCAUUCUCUCGAUGCUCGUGAGUAGUGAGGCGUGGUAAAAGUUUAAAAUUAGUAAAAGCUGAUGGAAAAGAUGUGUUAAUUACCAUUUAUAAGAAGAAAAAAAUAUUCUUGUUUUUUCACUCCAGUAUCCGUUAAUCAUAUCGUGUUUUUUUUUUGUUUUUUAACCAUACAGCCAAUUUUAAGAUCAUAAGUAAAGGUAAUGAAAUUUUGUUUUUAAUUGCUUGUGUCAAACAUCACUUCCAAUUUUUUCUUAUUAUCUGGAAAAAAAGAAACAAAUAUAAACCUGGCACAAAACAAAAAAACAAAUAUAAACCAUUAAAGAAUAAGGGUAAAGAAUAGUGCUACGUGAAUCUUUUGAGAAGGGUCCGUAAAGUUAACCGUGAAUUCAAAUCAUGCAUUAAAAGAUUCAUAAAUAUCUUAAAAUUCCUUCAUUUAUCUGUAGCUUUAUAAAUCAGCACAAUUAAAUGAGUUAAUGCAAAUAUAAAUGCUUACCAUCAUGGAACUUUUGAAAAUUUAUGAAACUUUACAGACAAAUCUUUUAAAUGUGUGAAUCUUCAAAAUAGAGAUUCAGAGUCGUUCAUUCAUUCGCUUGAACGACUCGUUCAGAUUUAUGAAUCUGAAUCAGAUUCAUCCAAUACUUGUAAAGAUGCAAUUCACGAGCGUCGUUAUUAGCUUUGAUCGUAGCUUUUCUUUGUAUCAUUAGAAUCAUAAUUGUUUGUUGAUUUUCAAUACAUUUUCCCCUUUUUGCUCUACCAUUUUGUGUAAAUUAAAUUAAAUUCAACAUGACUUGCGAUAUGCAUGUCAUAUGAAAUAAUGAAAUAUUUUCUUGGUUCAUUUUUUGCUUUUAAUUCAAACGCCUCCAUUUCAUUGUUAUUGUAUCUACAGCAACAACAUUUCGUUUAUGGGAAAACUGAAAAUAAAAUCCCUUUUUCCUUAAGCGUUAAAGAAGACCAGAAGAUGGCGGGUGGCGGAAAACAUAUUAGUACUAGAACUUUAGUUGAUACGAAUGGAAACAGCAAAAUCGAAAAAAAAACAUUAUAAAGCGAAAUUCGUAUCGCUUAACAGCAUGUAAAUGCAACGAAAGAGCGAGAGAGAGAGAGAGAAGCAAAUAAUCGUUAAAUUAUAUGUUUAUAUUUUGUUUCGUAGCUCGUUUAAUUCUUUAUUGACUAAUAUUAUUAUUUUUUUGUUUGUUGUAUCGCUGCAAUACGUGAACGAUCUGAACUUGGCUUGCCACAAUGGUUAGGCACAAGGUCAGAUGGUGCAGGAAAAUUGCAGUGAAGUGAAGGAAAAUUCUUAUCAAAGUUCCGAUCUCAGUUUAAUAAUAUUUUUUUUUGUAUAGUAGCUACUUCCUCCCAAGACACCAGCCCUACGAAACCUCCUUCUCUUUCUUCCCAUUCCCACUUGUUAUAAUGCUUAGUAGAUUAGGGUGGAUGUGUGCGAUUUUUUUUUUAAUUUGUUACUUUAUUGAGAUCGAUCCAAGGGGACAGGAAUCCCAAAAUGGAUGUGAAACUAAAUACAUCUCUUCGAUUUUUUCUUUGUUUUUUCCAUUAAAAUCGACACACGAAAACCCAUUGCGCAAGCUGCCUCGAAAGGCAAUGCAACCAAUUAGAAUAAGAGGCAAAUUAUUAAAUAAAAUCGAUUAAAACAAGAAAACAAAACACCCGCGCGGGCCUCCCACACAGGAACCUUAACGUCUUCCAAAUGGGUGAUGUGCCUUACUUUUUUGUGUCGAUUCGCUUCUCCUAUCACCAGGUCAGCCAUUAAGCGGACAGACCAUCGGAAGGGAAAGGGUGUAAAACAGAAAAAAGAGAAAAAAGAAAACCACGAGCAACGGCAAAAAAAAAGAAAACAUUUCGUCACCAGUGCGUUCGUCGUACCAAAUGUAUGUGAUCGAGCAGUUUAAUCAUUAGCAGGAAAGGUGUUUUAUUACGUUUGUUUGUUUUAGUUUCUUUUUUUGUUUUGUGACACCCAACAUUUGAGAUUAGUGAAAUUGAUCUUUAAAUUUGCCAUACUUGAGAGAGAGAGAAAGAGAUAGAGUUGACGUGUCGUGUGCGCAACGGCAAUACACAGCACUGCACUUAAUGCAUUUGGAUUCACUACACACAAAAAAAAACAGAACCGAUACCUAAAUAAAAGGUAAAGAAAUAUAUUAUAUCUUACCGCCACAGUGCAGCAGACCACUCGCAGUUUCGGUUAACAUAUUUUGCUAUUAGCGCAUAAGGGUUUGACUUGCCCUCCCGGGUAUAAGUGUAAGUUACUUUUUAACAAACAUUUCCUUAGUUCCAUUCUCCAUUGCCAACAAACAAAAUGGGCGAGUUCUGCACGCGGUCAAACAGCAUAAUAGAGUGCCCCCAGACAGCUUCCACUAGUAAACGUUUUUGCGCUUUUUAGGAGCGGAAAUGAAGCUCAGCAAAAAAAAACAGGAAUAAAAACUUAUGCAGUUGCGUACACACAACCCAUUUACAAAAUUAUCAUUCAAUGAAAGCGAAGCGAAGAUUGAGCUAAUUAUUUAUCCUUCUACCAAAAUGUUACUACUGUUAGGAUGUACUACAUCGAAAGUAAGCGAUACGAGUGAAUCGAAUGGUCCAAUAUCGUGUUAGCACCUUCUUAUAGUUUAAGCGAUGCAAAACUGCAGCGAGUGUUUCACUGUCGAAAACAUAUCCAUGCAAACUUGCUGUUGGAAAGGUCAAAGGAAUAUAUGUAUCUCUAAAACAACAAAUCACCAAUGUUUGUAAGAGCAUGUUUCUAUCAUUAAACUGUUUCGAACAAUUUUACCAAUCAGGUACAAAAGAAAAUAAAAGAAAAAAACACAUGAAGAAACCGCUGAGAGAAAAAUACAAUACACGAUAAAGAAUAAUAAAAUGUCCUAUGGAAUCUAAAAGUUUAAAA